CAACAAUAGCUCGUAAACAACUAAUGGCGGUGAUUCGAGGAAUUUCGCGACAAGGACGUAGUAAAAACAUUUCCAGAAUUGCAUCGUAUUGUGUGCCCAAAUUUAAUUGCAAGCCAAACUAACCUUAUCGAGUAGUCUCUUUUGUGUAUUUAUGAAUGUAAUUUCUCCUCUUUAAAAUGUUAACGGCACCUGCACCUACACUCAUUUAUCAUAGACGCUACUCUCUAGCAGCGGUUUGUAGUAUAAAGAGCAAGAAAUCCAACACAACUUGUCAGUUGUGGGAAAAACCUAAAAUUAAGCGGAGCUCAUCAGCGCACAGUGGAAAAUCCUUAAAUUGAAUGCAAGUAAAUAGCGAAACUGCGUGAAAACCACAAAAAGUUGGCGGAAUUCAUCAAUCACAACAGCUAACAACUGGGCUCACAUUCAUUCAUGCAGCGUUGGGAAAUUCUCAACAUUUGGCCGAUCUAUAAAACAAUAAAGCAGUCGUCAUCACAACAAUAAAAUGUGGAUUUAUCGAUUGCUGUUACAGCUCUCGCUACUUGGUAUUGUGUGGCCUAUGAAAUCCACUGCCGACAACCGACAACUAACAGCGCUAAAUGAAGUUUUUGAUGAAAAUUUGGACAGCAUUUUUAAAGUAGGACCUGGUUUUGCUGUAUUCAAUGAGACGAAAGUAAGGCCAGCAAGCUUUGAUGAAGUUAUUUGCCCAGAACGACUUAACGGAAUGCCAUUUUGCACAGAGAUACCAGAUUAUUUGGACUUACCAAAGUUGGAUAAUUUCAAACGAGAAGACUUUGAAAAGUUCAAAUCCUAUUUCAAAGAUGAUUUUGUAAUACCAAAUGUGAAGAGUCGCAUUGAUGGUGAGCCAAUGGAGAGUUAUUUUUGCGACAGUAGGACACGUUUAAUAUACCCGAAGGUGGCUCAAUCAAGAGAAUCCAAGUGGCUGAUGGUGGUGCAACACCCACAAUACAAACAAGGCGUUUUAGUGGAGCAGUGUGAGAAUGAGGACUUGCCUUGUAAAUACGAGGAACUCUUACCUUUCUAUAUAACUACGACAUGUAGACAGCAUUUUGUCUAUAGGAAUUUGGUGGUGGUGGUCGAUGGCCGAAUGCAGGAGAAUAUGGUGAAAUUGCCAAAUGCGUGCAAGUGUGUUUUGAGGAAUAUCGAUAAGCCGAGGCGCAAGAAAGGAAGGGAGAAAAAACGAAAUUUGUAGCUUAAAUUAUUGUAAAAAAUAUGUGUGCAUAUCAGGUGGCCGCCGUAGCGGAAUGGGUUUGUGUGUGUGGCUACCACUGGGUAAUAUCCGGGUGCGAAAUCCACUGUGGGCACGAAGCAGUAAAAUGAAAGAAAGGGUUUUUUUCUAAUUGCCAUUGCACAUGGGCAGGCUUUGACAAGCCUCCGAGUGCAGAUUUGCCAUGGAAAAGCGGCUCCAUUCAGAGGCGACACAGAAAAAUUGUUGGUGCCCUCAUUUGUGGAACAACAUCAAAGUGCAUACCGCGAAUUGGAAGAGGAGCUCGAUGAAGUACCCCAACAUACGAAGUAAGGGUCAAUUAUAUGAAUGCACAGGGUACGGAACACGAAGCGUAAUCAAUUAAAAAGGUCAUAAAGCUAGUUAGGAAAUUACUUUAAUUCAAUUCAAAGUAAAAAAUGUGUGAAAAUAAUACAAAAUUGAGAAUCAAUUUACUUUUGCUCGAUAUGGCCACCUUUUGCUUGACUAUGGCCUUGAGACGGUCCAGAAACGAAUCGCAAGCUGUCCGAAUGUAACUUCCAGGUAUUUUGGCUCACUCGCGAACAAUGGCUGUUUUCAGCGCCUCGAGAUUGGUGAAUCUUUUA